GGUGGCCGUUCGAAAGUAGUAGUUGUGUAGUUUUCGUUACGACAGCCGCUGGUCUCUUCUAAUAUCAUCACAAGAGAAAAUCUCAAAACGUGUCGGCUAAUAAUGUAACAUAUUACUGGACUUUAUUUCGAGUUUUUUUUUACCGCUCCAAGAAUCCGAGCACCCAUUAGAUUAACCACCUGGUAACAAUCUUAACCACCAUUUACACUAAGAUAUUUUCCAACGACAACAGUUAAAAAAAAAUAAAUAACACUAAUAAUAAUAAUAUUCAUCAAAAGACCUUCAAAAAGUGUCGUCACAUUUUUAACCUCCAUUAAUUGCAGUUUAAAAAAAAAAAAGUGUCAAGUGGUGGAAAAAUUAAAAAAAAAUAUUUAACAAAUAAAAAGUUUAAAUUUAUUUUGUUUUUUUUUGUAAAUCUUCGGAUAAUUAUUGUUAGUGAUUAAAGUGUCAGCUGUGGUGAAUAAAAAAAUAAAAAAAUAGUUUUUUUUUAACUCUUGCUGAAGAUUUAAGAAAAAAAUAUCUAAGAAACUUUUUAAGAAAUUAAUAAAAUUGUAAAAUAGAAAUGGCGGCGCUGGUGGCAGGUGUCCAGUAUGGUUUGUCAUCGCAAACCCAUUUUUAUGAAAAUAAGUCAUUGAUAUUCGUUAAAUUAACGGACUCAGCUCAUCGCGCAAUCGAGGAUUUUCUCAAAAAUCGGAAUAAGACAAGUAACCGGCCUACGAUCCAGUUCCUGGAAAACGAAGGACGUUUGUCGUUUCCAUCGCCCCAAGCUAACCAUGGAUCAGUUAACUUUACCUUUAGCUUAUCAGACGGGCAUGAUGUUGAAGGUCCUCAAGGUGCUUUUGAAUGUAUUCAGCAAACAAAUCCAAAUAAUUUGGAGAGUCUGGGAACCUUGCCAUAUAAAAUGCGUAUCCACGCGAAUGAAGAUGUCUAUGAAAAAACAAGGCAUAGAAUGGCUGUUUGUGCAGAGAAUAAUCAAAACAAGUGCACCAGAGUACUUUUAAAAGCAAAUGGACCAGACAUCGGACGAAAAGUAAAGGUGAAAUCAGCCGGGAAGACAGCAGCAGCGCCUUCUAACGCCAGGCAUACCAACAACCACCGUGAUACGAGCAUUCCAAAUUCGACUAGUAGACCUACCAUUAAAAAUUCCAUUGCUAACUCUCAAUCUUCCUCAGCGUUAUCUUCCCAACCCUCAGCAGCAUCUUCGUCGUUUCUGUCCUCAAACUCGUCAUCUAACAACUCCUUGAUGCCAUCUUUGUCCUCGUCCUCGGCAACCGCGGCGGCUCUGACUGCGAGAUUUCUCAAGUCGACGAGUACUCCAUCCGCUCGUUCCCAGCCGGACAAAAAAGCCUCUGAUCUCCUGAAGAGGCCUUUGAGGGAGAGACUCAUCCAUAUUCUUGCUCUGAGGCCGUACAAGAAGCCUGAGCUUUAUGAACGUCUUAAUAAAGAGGGUUUAAAGGAUCGUGAAAAAAAGGAGAUGGUGAAUUUAUUGCGCAUUCUAUCGACAGUGCGUAACAAUUCCUAUCAUUUGCACAGACAUGUCUGGAACGACGUACAAGAAGACUGGCCAUUUUACAGUGAGCAGGAUCGCGCUAUGUUGAAGAGGCGUAAGCCACAAAAUUUAACUCCACCUGGCUCUAGUGAUGGUGGAUCGAGUGGAAGUGGACAAUCACCAAAUUCAACCCAUCCGGGUUCACCACCAGCAAUAACAGCUCCACCACCAAAUUUUAUGAACUGCAAGCGCCCUGGAUAUUACCAAGGCAGCGACGGAAUUCAAACGAAGAAACCACGUAUAUCUCAUUACCGUAAGCCGGAGCCGCCGACUAGAACGCCAUCUUCAGCGAACAGUAAUAGCAGUUCCGGGAACAUUGUAAAUAAUAAUACCAGUGUCAGUGUCCACAGUGGUAAUAAUUUAUCGAGUAGCCACAAUAGUAAUAUUAAUAAUAAUAAUAACAAUAAUAAUAAUAAUAACGAUGUAAAUAAUUGGAAUGAACAGCGACAGCAAUCGAGUGACCGUGAUAUUAAUUAUCAUCGAUCUGAAAGAACAUCUAACAGUGAUGUGUUACGUGGUAAUAAUAAUAAUAAUAGUUAUCAAUUAAAUGUUAAUAAUAAUAAUAAUAGUAAAUCAUCUUUCACACCAAAUCGUGACCGUGAUGAGUUAAUUAGUAAUAGCAAUAGUAAUCGCACUGCCUCGUCUUCAGCAGCCGCUUCUUCUUUAUCAUCUUCUUCAGCAAUGAUGCUCUCGUCGGCCUCGACGUUCAAUGCUGCUAAAUACGACUCUAGAGGUCACUGUAAUAGCAGCCCUAGCGCAGGCGCCAAUAACGGUUCCAACGAGUUCAGUGCGCGGGAACGGGAACGAGAACGGGAGAGAGAGAGGGAGAGGAGAGAAAGAGACAGAGAAGAGGUGCGCAGAGAAAGGGAGAGGGAGAGGGAGAGGCUGGAAAGGCUCGAGAGGGUGGAGAAGCAAGAGAGGGAAAGGACUAGGGAAAUUAAUAGUGAUAAUAAUUGGAACGGCAAUGCUUCCAAGAACUUGGGUGGAACUGUUCCUGAGUAUAGAACUGCUGGAACUGGCGCUGUAGGUUAUGAGACUAAUGGAAAUAAUAAUGAUGAUAUUCCUGACUACCUCAUGCAAUAUAAACCAGUUACUAACAUAGAACAAAGAAGAAAAUACAAAGAUGAUUAUUCGCGUGAUCAACCAGAAUACACCGAACUGUGUGCGCACAAAUUGAAUAUAAAGAAGCAUUUCGAAAAAUUAAAAGAAUUAAGGGCCAUUGAAUCGGCUCGUGGUAACCGUGAAAAAGAGGAGGAAAUAAAUUCCCAGAUAAUAGCGGAUUACGAUAAAAUAAAGCACGAUAGAGUUGAAAUCGAAAAAGACCGACGCUAUAAUUAUUUGUUAGGUAAAUUGAAAUACAUAAGAGGAUUAAUAAACGAUUUUGAUCGUGGAUUUUCAAUGGAGGAGAGUGAAAAUUCAGAUGCAAUUGGUAGCAACAACAAUAGCAGUAAAACCGGUGUGAGUACUACCGACUUACGAUACUGACACAAGCUUAAAUGCCCGUCAAUUGUAAUUAAUGAUAAUUAUUACAAAAAAAAUUAUUUCUAUUACUAUU